AUGCUAAUAACAACUAACAAGGCAUUAGCUUUUUACACCGAAACUAGUAAUUAUGGUAAUAAUCCACCUAGGUAUAAUUUAUCUCCAUCAUCAAGUAAUUUAGAAGUGAGUUGUAAACUUGUAAUAUACGAAAUUGUCAUGAUGGAAGCUGGGAAAUUAGUCAUAGUAAAUUAG